GUCUCUCCGAUCGGCCGAGUCUCUCACGGCUUAAACUCGGCUAGCUACCCGCAGCGGUGCUUUCUGGCUGUCGAUUACUGGUUCAAUUGAUCGCUGCUGCUGCACAAAACAGUCGCGAAAGCGAAACGCACAGCAAUACGCUAUCUCCGUGACCUGCAGUCUCUCAGCACUCAGAGAGCACAAAGGAAUGCGCUACGUCUCCACGCGCGGCGGCGGCGAGCCCGUCAGUUUCGAGGCCGCCAUCGGUGCCGGCUACGCGCCCGACGGCGGGCUGUACGUGCCCGAGACGCUCCCGCGCAUCACGGCAGAAGACCUCGAUCGGUGGCGGACGCUGGACUUCACCGCCGUCGCCGUGGAAGUCCUGUUGCCGUUCCUCGACGGUGAAGUCACACGAGACGAGCUCGCAGAAUUAUUAAGUAAAUCCUACGCCGGCUACGAUGCGCCCGACACAGUACCAGUCACGAAAUUAACAAACAACACCGCUCUGGUGGAGCUCUUCCACGGCCCGACGCUCUGCUUCAAAGAUCUCGGUUUGCAAGUAGCGGUGCGUUUAUUAGCUCUAUUCGCCCGAAAACGCAACGAGCCCCGCACUCUAUUGGUUGCGACGACCGGCGACACCGGUCCCGCGGCGCUGCGGGCCGUCGCCGACGUCGACGAUCCUUCACUAAGGUGCGUCGUCUGCUUCCCGCGGGGCCAGAUCUCCGAUUUGCAGCGGAGGCAGAUGACCUGUGCUUCGUCGGAAGCUAUCAGGGUCUGUUGCUUCGAGGGAGGUGGCGACGACAUGGACGCGCCCAUCAAACGUUUAUCGUUAGACACGACCUUCAAGGCCCAACAUGGCUUGACGGGCGUGAACUCGUACAACGUCAUACGGCCGCUCGCGCAGCAGGUCCAUUAUGUGUGGUUGUAUCUACGGUGCCGCGAGCUGUUUUCGUGUACGUCCCUCGACGUCGUCGUGCCGACGGGCGCCAUGGGUAAUUUAACUGCGGCGACCUUCGUUAAGAGAAGAGGCGUGCCUUUUGACAAGCUCUGCGCCGCGACCAAUGUAAAUGACAUCGCGUUCCGCGCGUUUAGUGAGGGCGACUUCUCGCGCGCGUCUCACAUGAAAAAGACGCGGAGCGACGCGAUCAAUAUUCAAGUUCCGUACAAUUUUGAAAGGGUGCUCUACUACGCGUUGGAUGGCGACGCCGUCGCGACGAAGCGCGCCAUGGACGUUUUUGGGGAGACGGAGUCCUUGCGGCUCGACGACGCGACGCGCGCGAGUUUCGCGAAAACGUACCGUUCUGCUCGGAUUGACGACGCGACGACCUUGGAGGCUUUAAAACGGUGCCGCGACGUGCACGGCCUCGUGUGCGACCCGCACGCCGCCGUGGCGCUCGCCGGCGCCGCGGCGCUAGGCUACGAUGACGGGGCGACGCCGGUCGCGAUCCUGGCGACGGCGCACGCGUGCAAAUUUGAAGAGGCUGUGGUGGCAGCGAUCGGCGCGGACGCGUGGCGCGAGUACCGCGCGUCUCCCGCGUUCCCGGCGCGCGCCGCGGCGCUCGAGGCGGCGCCUGAGACGGAACCGUUCGCGCUGCGGCGGCGCGCGGGCGAGUCGCUGGAGGACGCGCAGCGGCGCUGGGAGGUGAUGAUUCGGGCAAUGCUCGAGGAUCCGGACGGGCUGCACGCGGUGCUGGGGGAGUGCGUUGACGACGAGGAGGACGACUUGGAGCUGUUGUAAUG